AUGUGGAAGCCGUAUGGAAACAUCCUCGAGGCAUUCCUCCAAGAAGCACGCUUCAAGCUGCCGCCUUACAAGGAGGAUCCCUCGUUCGACCGAGAGAUAAUUGACAUAUGUCUCGCUCAGGAUCUUCCCGCGGAUCAGAUGGAAGUAAUUGGACGGCUCGGUGCAGCAGCAGCGCGAUGGUUUUAUCCCUCACAUGACCGAGAAAUUCAAGUAGCUAUCGCUACUUUCACGGCCCUUGCAACCGCGGUCGACGAUCUCGGCGGCUCCAUAAUCGAAGGCUUAGGACAAUACCGCACUAGGCUUUUGGCACGCCAACCACUUGGCGUCAAAGUGUUGCAGUCUCUCUUUGAUCAAGUACUAGAGAUGGGUCGGUUUUAUGAUGUAUUUGCGACAGAUAUGGUGUUCAAGGGCGCUGUCGACUUUUGCAGCGCCACCCUAGUGGAAUUUGAGAAGGGGGUUUUGUUGAGGACAAACAAGAGUGCACCAGAUUUCGCAAACUACUUCCGCUUGAAGGGCGGUAUUGCGGAGCCUUAUGCAUUCUACAUUUUCCCCGAGAAGUUGCUGCACGGAAGCAAUCCUUGUGUCAUCUACCCUUGA